ACACACACAAAACAAAAGCUUCUUGGACUAAAAGAAAGAAAACUGCAGCAUAAAAAAAAAAAAAAACACAAAAGGGCAAAAUAAAAAUUCAAUCUUUUUCAUCACGCAAUCACAAUCAAGAUUUCUCUUUUCUAAUUCCAAUCGUUUCUUUUCAGUCGAUUACUUCUGGGGUUUCAGUGUUUCAUCCGAUUGCGUAUUUUUCUUGGGUUUACACUUCGAGUUUCUUGAACAAACGGUCGUUUGCCGCUUGGGUUUCCUACAGGGUCAAAUAAUCAGGUUCGAAGAGCAGGGAAGAUGUUGCUAUAAUGAAACCGGUUAUUGAGAUAAAUGUAAAAAUACCGAACAACUGAUUGUCUUGAAUUCGACUACUCGCUUUUAAGUUGCAACAUCGAAAAACGUCAAUCUUUUGUGCUCUUUAUAUGAUUUUGAAUGUUCGGUAUCAAUUAUUGCAUUUGUGUGAUUUUUGGCCCGUUUUCAGAAUCUUGGUGAAAAUAUAUAACUUCUUUGGGGGAUGGACGACCUGCUCCUGCAUAUUUAUAACUUAAUAUAAACAAUGUUCGGUGGGACAAAAGGCAUCACUGCUCUCCACCGUUUAAAACAAAAAUUACUUGGCGAGUCAUCUUUCGCAACAUCAAUUGACAAUGUUACCCCUGAAAUCGAGUUAUCGGAUUAUCAACGGGCCCCGAGUCAAGGUAGUGAGAGCCCGUCCGGGCUUCUUAACGGCGAAAGCUUGAAAGUCGAACCGAUUGCUGAUUUGGAUUUGUUCUUUGAAAGACUUUAUAGCUACUAUUGUGAAAAAGGUCUAUGGUGCAUCAUUAUUAAGUGGAUCGUUGAGCUUUUGAGUUUGGCGUUUACCAUAUGUUUUUCGGGCUUCUUUUUAUUGUUUGUUGAUUGGGAUGGCCUUCGAAGGGCGAAAUGUGGGAUGGAUGCAGUUGAAUCCGGGAUAAAACCGUGUGAUCUUGCUAAAGAAGCUCUUCAUGAACAUCCUUUGACACCUUUAACAACUUUUAAGGUUGUUAUUCUUGGUUAUCUUGGAAUCACUUUCGUUUAUUGGAUAUUUUGCUUUCUAAGGUUCUUUGUACAGUUGAAGGAUACACUUGACAUACGCCAAUUCUACAUUAACAGUCUUGGUGUGACUGACAAUGAGAUGCAAACGAUGCCAUGGGCGUCAAUUCUUGAAAAAGUUGUUCGAAUUCAAGAAUCACAACAAUUAUGUGUGGUGAAGGAUCUUUCGGCUCAUGAUAUUGUGAUGAGAUUGAUGAGGAAGGAAAACUACUUGAUUGGAAUGUUAAACAAAGGCGUGCUAGCCUUCCCGAUCUCCUCAUGGGUCCCGGGUGCGGGUCCCACUGUCAAGAUCGAUGCAAAUGGUACACGAUAUUGCCUAACGCUAACCAAGACCCUUGAGUGGACUUUAAAUUGGUGCAUAUUGCACAGCAUGUUUGAUAGAAAUUUUUGUAUUAGAAAGGACUUUGUUAGCGACCGCGAUACGUUAAAGAAAAGGCUAAUGGUUGUUGGGAUUGCAAUGCUUCUUUUGUCUCCAUUUCUAGUUAUCUUUAUGCUUGUCUAUCUAUUUCUAAGACACGCAGAACAGUUUUAUAAACAUCCUAGUACUGCUUCUUCUAGAAGAUGGUCAAAUCUUUCCAAAUGGAUAUUCAGGGAAUUCAACGAGGUGGAUCAUUUGUUCAAGCACCGUAUCAAUAGCAGUGUUACACACGCCUCAGAUUAUUUAAAACAAUUCCCGUCUCCUGUUCUUUCAAUCAUUGCAAAGUUCGUUUCUUUCGUUUUUGGUGGCUUUGCUGCAAUCUUGAUCAUCAUCGCGUUUCUUGAGGAAUCUUUACUUGAAGGCCACAUUUUUGGUCGUAAUUUGUUUUGGUAUACCGCUGUUUUUGGAGCAAUAACCGCCAUAAGUCGAGCUCUUGUUUCCGAUGAGCUUUUAGUUCUUGAUCCACAUGGGACUAUGUCGUUAACCGUUCAACAUACUCAUUAUAUGCCCAAAAAAUGGCGCAGGAAAGAAAACACCGAAUUUGUUCGAGUCGAAUUUGAAACUCUUUUUCAGUACACCGGGAAGAUGUUGCUGGAGGAGAUGGCGUCGAUCUUUCUAACUCCAUUCUUGCUUAUAUUCGUAGUACCUGAGCGGGUUGAUGAUAUUUUGCAGUUCAUUGCGGACUUCACUGUUGACGUUGAAGGCGUUGGUCAUGUUUGCAGUUUUAGCGUAUUUGACUUCCAGAAACACGGUAAUAGCAAGUAUGCUUCUCCGCAUAACUCAUCAACUACUUACCGUAGUUCCCAAGGGAAAAUGGAGAAAUCAUUUCUAAGCUUUCAAAGUAGCUAUCCUUCAUGGGAACCAAGUGCAGACGGAAAACAACUUCUUUCAACACUCAAGGCGUUCAAGGAACAAAAGUUUCAAGAACAGGGUAUAACUCCGGGCUACAUGAGCCUGAACCGACUACCACAAUGGGCGGCCCGUACCUGUCCAGCCCACGGCGACCCAAACAGCUACUUCUCUCGAGACACGGGCCCAAACGUUUCGAAAACUACUUAUCAACGAGAUUGUAUGUGGCUCAUGGAUCCGGCUCACAAGAACCAUCCGUACAUUCUCGACUGGUACUACACGUCUUCUCACCAUCACUGGCGUGGGCCACAAGACAUCGAAUCAGGCCCUGUUGAUGACGUUGACGACAACAUGGCAAACAUGUGGGACCCACCUGACAUAAGACGGGACCCGGUCCGGUAUGAUGACCAUUGGGGAAGCUUUUUUGACGACCGAAUGAAGAGUAAUCUAGAAGCGUCUACGUCUGCUCCUCUGUCACGUGGAAGUGUUCUACAACAUCAUGAUUCCGGCAAUAUGGGUAGGAGCCACUGGUGGGACCGUCCACGAGGGGUGGGCCCGGGCCCUCAAACAAGCUUUGUCGAGCCGCCAAAUUUCAACCGUGAUGAUUACAACGACUACCAUGAUAAUUUCUCGGACCGGAGCUUUGAAGAACAUGGUCGACCGUUUGACUGGGGGGCUUCGAAGUCAAACGAGUUGUCGAAGACUUUUUAUAUGGAUGAUAUUGGAGGAAAAUUUGAUCUCCCUUUCGAUGAUAUCUAUGAAGAACAUUCUGAAAGCCCGCCAAGAACACCCCGUAUGUAGGAGUUAUUAGCUAUAUCAUGUGUUUCGGGUUCUAAUAUGUGUAAGGAAAACUGUUGAACAUUCUUUCAUUGUAUAUAACUUGAUCCGCAAAAUUAAAGUCGAAAACAUGUAAGAAAAGACUUUAGUUUUCGCUUACACGUUUCUGUCUUAAGGGGUUACGCUUUUAUAGUCUGUUAGUCGCGA